AUGGGUUCUGCUGGCCAGGCUGUCCAGAGAGGCGUCGAGCAAGACGACCUGGUGAUGCCUCUGAUUGAUUUCGGACUAUUCCUACACGGCUCUCCAUCGGCAAAGCAAGAGACGGCAUCUCAGAUCUCUCACGCCUUCAAGACGUCCGGAUUUCUCUACCUUCAAAACCACGGCGUCCCCGCGGAGGAGAUCGCCACGGCAUUUUCUGAAUCGGCGUCGUUCUUCGCACGCCCCCAGUCCCAGAAAGACGCGCUGGGAUGGACCACGCCCGACGCCAAUCGCGGCUACGUUGCUUCCGGGCGCGAAAAGGUCACCCAGUCCAACGACCCGGACGAGAUUGCGAAGCUCCGCGAAAGCAACCCCGACCUGAAGGAGUCCAUGGAGAUCGGGCGCGAGGGCGUACAGGGGAUGCCGAACCAGUGGCCGGACCAACUCGAUGAGGGAGGCAAGACCUUCACGCGCGACAUGCAGAAAUUCUUCAUCACGCUCCAGCACCUCCACACCAGCGUGAUGCGCGCGAUCGCCUUGGGUAUGGGGCUGGACGAGCACUUCUUCGACCCCUUCACCGACGGCGGCGACAACACGCUGCGUCUGCUGCACUACCCACCCGUGAAGAAGAGCGUGUGGAAGAAAAACCCCAACCAGGUCCGCGCCGGGGAGCACUCCGACUACGGCAGCAUCACGCUGCUGUUCCAGGACGACAUCGGAGGCCUGGAGGUCAAGUCGCCGCGAGGCACUUGGGUGCGCGCGACCCCGAUUCCCGGCACGAUCGUCGUCAACGCGGGCGACCUGCUCUCGCGCUGGAGCAACGACCUGAUCCGCAGCACCAACCACCGCGUCAUCCAGCCGCCGCCGAAACCCGCCGCUGAUGGCGAGGAAGACGAUCCCGAGGCACUCAUACCCGCGAGGUACAGCAUCGCGUAUUUCUGCAACCCUAAUUUCGACAAGUGGAUCGAGGCUCUGCCCGGGACGCACGAGGAGACGGGCAAAAAGUACGAGGGCAUCAAUAGUGGGGAGUAUCUGAUUAUGCGGCUUGCGGCGACUUACUGA